AUGGACGUCAACCAUCCCGAGAAUAAACAAGUUCACGUCGCUGGCGACGACAAAUUCCCGGUCGACACGUCGAUUCCCGAGCGCAAGACUGGAAAUUCCAGUGAAGAUGAAAAAAUCGUUACGACCAAAUCCCACCCUCAGGUUGAAAUUCCCAUUUACAAUGACGUCGAGCGUGUCGAUCAAACCGAUCUAUCCUUUGCUGCAAUUCUCAAAGGCACUGCCGCAAACCCGCUCAACGUAUUCGAAAAGAAGGCAGCACUCAUCAAUGUCGAAAUAGACAAAUUCGGGAUGGGCAGAUACCAAAUAUGCAUCUGGUUUCUCUGCGGUUUCGGUUACUUCCUUGAUCUUGCUUGGGCCCAAGGCGUUGGUUUGAUCGUCACUUCCAUUUACCAAGAAAUGGAUGUUCCUGCCCCAGAGCAAGGAAACAUAUUUUCCAUUGCAAAUGCGGGAUUGGCUAUCGGAGCACUCUUCUUCGGCCUUGCUGUAGAUGUUAUUGGCCGCAAAUGGGCUUUCAACUUGACUUGUCUGAUUACUUCAAUCUUCGGACUCUUGUUGGCUGCUCCUAAAUUCAACUAUAGUGCGAUAUGUGCUAUUUACUUCCUCGCAUCGCUGGGCUUAGGAGGCAACAUUCCCAUCGAUGCCACCAUUGCCCUUGAAUUUCUGCCACAUAACCGCCGCUUUCUCGUUGCACUUCUAUCCAUGUGGCAGCCUAUUGGAGUCGCCAUUGCAUCCGUUAUCGCCUAUGGUACGACAGCAAAGUGGCGCUGCGACCCUAACCUGCCGUCUUGCGUGAGCGCUGGUGACGGCGAAGCUUGCUGUACAGUCGACGACAACAUGGGUUGGCGCUACAACGUCAUUGUUCUCGGCUCGAUGACAUUAGCGGUAUUUUUCCUUCGUUUCUUCGUCUUCCGUUUUCACGAAUCGCCCAAGUUUUUGCUUGCUAGGGGCAAAGAGGCUGAAGCCAUUGAUGUUCUCCAUAAAAUCGCCAAGUUCAAUAAGCAGCCACCACCAACCCUGACGGUGGACAUGUUUGCUGCUAUUGAUGACGCAGCUACUAAUGCAACAUCUGGUGCACAUGUUAGGACAGAAGCACCUGCAGGCACUAAAGCGACAACCAAGAAGGUUAUUCAAGGCUUUGGCAAGGAAUUGAAGCGUCUCAAGGGCAUCUUCGAUAAUAAGUUGUCUGCCUACAUCUUCAUUUUGCUCGCAUUCACCUACAUGGGAGACUACUGGUCGUUCAAUCUGGCAGGAGCUUUCCUUCCCAUCAUCCUCUACAACAACAAUGUCUCGGACGGUAGAUCAAGCGUGAGCGACACUUACGAACAGUACAUGAUCAUCUACUUCCCUGGCAUCAUCGGUGCAGUCCUUGCGCUAUUCUCCGUCCAGAUGCCAUUGCUAGGUCGGAAAUGGUCGCUCGUCUUUUCUGCUCUAUGCCAAGGAGUCUCUAUGGCGAUGUACACGCAAGUCUCUUCGACAGCAGCAUACGUUGGCCUCAAUGCUCUCGAGUACAUUAUGCAAACGUAUUUCAACGCUGUUCUGUAUGCGUCUGCCCCAGAACUCUUCGAUACCACCUACCGAGGAAGUGUCAGUGGUAUUCUGUCGUGUCUGGGUCGCAUAGCUGGAAUCGUCGCACCGUAUGCCGGUGCACAGUUUCUUGCAGAAAAAAGCGCUGGUAUCCUUUGGCUAGGUGCUGGUGGUAUCUGGCUCUCUGCACUCUUGAUGUGCUUCCUGCCAGUAGAGAUGAGGAACAGGCAGAUGUUCUAG